CAUACUAUACCAUAUUGUAUGCUCAAAUAAAAAUUCACACCAAAGUCAGUGUUUGGUGUUCAUCUUCAACCCCAACUGGUUUGGUGUGUUCUUAUUUCACACACAACACACACUAUCCAUCCCUACUCACACACACGCACAUCUAUAUGUAUAUAUCUCCAUGUAUCUCUGGUACGCGCGCCUCCCCUUAAAUCGCUCUGCUUCUAGAUUUCUCUUCGUGUGUGUGUGAGCCGCUCUGCGUGUGUGUGUGCUGAAUAGUUGUUGCUUUUAUACAGUAUAUAGAUAGAUAGAUACAGAAACCAUAUAUAUAUAUAUAUAUAUAUAUAUAUGUAGAUUCAGUAGGCGCAUGACUAGGAUUUGAUGCAUGCAAUUGAUUAACCGCCGGAAAAUUCUCAUAUGGGGCACAAGAAGCGGAACGCCGCUCCUCGCUCCAAAAAACCUUCGCAGCUGCCGGCGGCGGCGGCGGAUAUCGCAUCUUCCAACGGCGCCGCUGCUAUCGUCGAUUGCUCCCUUUCAGGCCUCGACCAAUCCGCGGAAUCCAUCAACGGAACAUCUGUUAAAUCAGAGGCCACGAUUCCAGAAAGCAAUAACAAUGUAGUUACGUCUGCAUCAUAUGCUUCGGUAAAGCUCGAGUGCGAACGGGCUCUCACGGCGUUGCGCCGGGGGAACCAUACAAAAGCCCUAAGGUUGAUGAAGGAUUUGUGCUGUAAACACGAGAAUUCGCCGCACUCGGCCUUGAUUCACCGCGUUCAGGGGACUGUGUGCGUGAAGGUGUCUUCGAUUAUCGACGACUCCAACGUUAAACAGCGGCAUGUGAGGAAUGCGAUCGAGAGUGCGAGGAGGGCGGUGAGCCUGUCCCCUAGUUCGGUUGAGUUUGCGCAUUUUUAUGCGAAUUUGUUGUAUGAGGCGGCUAAUGAUGCCAAGGAGUAUGAGGAGGUGAUGCAGGAAUGUGAGAGGGCUUUGGCAAUUGAAAACCCUGUCGAUCCUGCUAAGGAGAAUUUGCAGGAGGAGAGUCAGCAGAAAAUAUCUACAGCCGAGGCUCGGGUUUCUCAUGUCCAGGGCGAGCUCAAAGCAUUGAUACAGAAGGCGAAUAUUGCGUCUAUAUCGAGUUGGAUGAAAAAUCUGGGAAAUGGAGACGAUAAGCUUCAGUUUAUUCCACUCAGGAGGGCUCCUGAAGAUCCGAUGGAGUUGAGAUUAGUUCAGGUAAGAAGGCCAAAUGAGAUUAAAAAGGUUGCCAAGACCGAAGAUGAGCGUAGGAAAGACAUUGAGGUGAAGGUGGCUGCAGCUCGGAUUAUACAGCAGAAGUCAGAGUCUCCCCAUUUGGGAAAUAAUGAUGGGGAUAAGAAUACUAAUAAUAGCAAGGAUUCGGGUCUGGGAUCAGGCCAGAGAGUAGGGGAGAGGAGGAAAAGUGGGAAUAUGAGGAAAACGACAUCAUCAGAUGACAGGAUGGAUUUGGUCAAAUCGUAUUGGAACACUCUGAGUUCAGAGGGGAAGAAAAAUUUGCUGACAAUUAAGAUUUCGGAUCUAAGGGCACAUUUUAAUUCAUUUAAGGAUAGUGCAUUUAGUGAAGUACUUAAUGAAGCUCUAUCUUUUGGGGAAGCUAAUAAAGUUUGGAAGUUUUGGACCUGCUGUCGCUGCAAUGAGAUUUUUGCAGACGCUAGUUCAUUCAUGCACCAUGUUGUGCAGGAGCACUUGGGAAGUUUGUUGCCGAAAAUGCAGUCAAUUCUACCCGAAAAUGUGGAGGAUGAUUGGGUUGAAAUGCUUCUUAACUGUUCCUGGAAACCAGUGGAAUUGACUGUAGCUAUUCGAAUGCUUGAAAAACAAUCAAAAUCUGAUACACAUGAUUUGUUUGAUGAAUCAAGCCAUAGACACAAUGCAAAUGAUUCAAAAGACUGUUUUCUUGACACUUACUGCAAUGAAAAUGAAAGGGACUCAUCACCUGGAAAGAAGAAAUCUAGUGAGGAUUGCAAUGGCAGUAAGCAGGAUAUCAGGAAGUUUGAAGAUGUUGAGUGGAUGGACUGUAAUGAUCUUCGAAGUAGUAAGGAAAAUUCACUCUUUGACUGGCCUUUAUCUGAUGACCUCGAGCGCACAAAGCUUCUUGAACGAAUCCAUUCUCUUUUCGAGGCACUUAUUAAACACAAAUGCCUGGCAUCAAGUCAUCUUAGCAAGGUUAUACACUUUGCUUUGGAGGAGCUGCAGAGUAUAGCUUGUGGUUCUCAACUUGACUUCAAAGUGAACCAAACACCAUUGUGCAUCUGUUUUCUGGGUGCUCCUGAGCUUAAAAAAAUCCUAAAAUUUUUGCAGGAAAUUUAUCAGACUUGUGGAUUAAAUAGAUACUCUGAUAAAACCAACAUGGCAGAUGAUUCCAGUGGUCCAGUGCAGGGUGAUAUUAUGGAGAAGAUAAUACUUACACAAGAUGCUUCCCUUUUGGUGAUUGAUGAGCAAUGUCUUCCCUGCAAGAUCCCUUGUUUAUCCUUUAGCAAUGUUGUUAAUGGUGUUUCGGGUGCACCUAUUUCGUCCCAUGUCAGCUAUGAGAAUGGUGUUAUACUCGAUUCUGAUGCAUUAUUGUCCUGGAUAUUUGCAUUUGCCUCAGCCAGCGAACAGUUGGCAUACUGGAAACGUGUGACAGCGGAAAAAGCUCAGCAAGGUCUAGAAAUACUCCAGUUGCUAGAGAAGGAGUCUUACCAUCUCCAGGGCUUGUGCGAGAGAAAAUGUGAGCAUUUAAACUACGAGGAGGCAUUGCAGGCUUUGGAAGACCUGUGUUUGGAAGAAGGAAAGAAAAGAGAAAAUGCAGUGGGUUUUGUUUGUCAAAGUUAUGAAUAUGUCCUUAAGAAAAGGCGCGAAGAACUCAUCGAAAAUGACUGUGAAAUUACACUUAUCAGCAAUCGAUUUGAGUUAGAUGCUAUUGCUAAUGUUCUCAAGGAUGCAGAGUCCCUAAAUAUGAACCAAUUUGGUUUUGAGGAAGCUUACAGUGGCAUUACAUCUCAUCCCAGUGACCUAGAAUCUGGUGAAGAAUAUGAUUGGAGAAUGAAGGACCAUCUUCAUCAGGUGGAUUCUUGCGUAGAAGCUGCAAUACAGAGACAGAAAGAACACGUAUCUACUGAGAUCAGCAAAAUAGAUGCAAGAAUCAUGAGAAUAGUUUCAGGGAUGCAGCAACUUGAAGUUAAGCUUGAGGCUGCAUCUUACCAUGAUUUCAGAUCAAUCUUAUUACCUUUAGUCAAAUCAUUUGUGCGGGCACACGUGGAGGAUCUGGCUGAGAAAGAUGCUACAAAAAAAUCUGAUGCUGCGAGGGAGGCAUUUUUAGCUGAACUUGCUCAGGAUGCCAAGAAGGGUGGUGCAUUAAUUAAUUGUUCAAAACAUGUGCAUGAGAGGACGAGGGAUAGGAAAAAAAGUAGGGAGAACCUAAAAAACAAGGAUCAAAAGGCUAUCAGUAAUGGUAACUUCCUAGAUCAGACUGAUAAAGAGAUUUUAUUUCCAAGUGAUCAGGAAGUGGAAGACCCAAGUCUUGGUAUUGCUUUUUCUGGACGAGUUGAUGCCUUAAAAGUACAUGAUGAAGAGUACCAACAAAUAAUUGAACUUGAAGCUGAAGAAAGAAAGCUUGAAGAAACUUUGGAAUAUCAAAGACGCGUAGAAAAUGAGGCCAAACAGAAGCAUCUCGCUGAGCAGCAUAAAAGAACUUUGAACACAACCAAUGGGAAGACAGAUUCAUUUGAGAUGCUAGAGGCCUAUUGGAAACAUAGUGAUGAUGACAAAUAUGCCAAUGAGCAGCAGACAAAUAGAAAGGGUCUCGUAAUGCAGGAGGGUGGAUUUUCCAAUUAUAUGGAGGGAACAGCGACAAAUAAUGCAAAUGAGCCUUUGUUGAGAAAUGGCUCACCAAAUGAAGGUAUUCCACAGGAUGGUGGCAAUUAUAUUGAACAACGCUCGGGAAGGAGAGGUAGACGACACAAGGGUCCAACCAAAUUUGUAGAUGGCAAUGAUCUUGGUCUACCUAGAGUUGGGGGAAACUCCCAAGGAAAUGGAGAUAAUGGAGAAAAUACAUUGAGACAGCAUCUUGUAGAAGAGGACGAUGAAGAAAGGUUUCAAGCUGACCUUAAGAAAGCUGUACGCGAAAGCCUUGAUGGUGAAAAUGGGAAAGAGACAUAUGGAACAGGGUUAAAGAAUGAAGUUGGCGAAUAUAACUGUUUUCUCAAUGUUAUAAUUCAGUCAUUAUGGCACCUAAGUCGGUUUCGAGAUGAAUUUUUGGGGAAAGCAUCAUCUAAACAUGUUCAUGUUGGUGAUCCUUGUGUUAUAUGUGCAUUGUAUGAUAUCUUUAUUGCUCUGAGCAUGGCAUCUACGGAUAACAAGAGAGAAGCUGUUGCACCUACCUCUUUGAGAGUUGCUCUCAGUAACUUGUAUCCUGACAGUAAUUUCUUCCAGGAGGGUCAGAUGAAUGAUGCUUCAGAAGUGCUGGGGGUAAUAUUUAACUGUCUCCACCAAGCUUUUACUCCUGCAUGUGAUGUAUCGGAUACAGAACCAGUGGAUGGCAAGUGCCGAGGCCCCUGUAUCGCACAUUUAAUUUUUGGAAUGGACAUAUUAGAGAGAAUGAACUGUUACAACUGUAGCUUGGAGUCCAGAUACUUGAAAUACACAUCUUUCUUCCAUAAUAUAAAUGCCAGUUCUCUGAGAACAAUGAAGGUUAUGUACCCUGAGGAUUCCUUUGAUGAGCUUUUGAACCUGGUUGAAAGGAAUCACCAGUUACCUUGUGACCCCGAGGCUGGUGGCUGUGGGAAGCCUAACUAUAUCCACCACCUUCUCUCCAGUCCACCACAUGUCUUCACAACAGUCCUGGGAUGGCAGAAUACAUGUGAGAAUGUCGAAGAUAUAAAGGCAACUUUAGUGGCUUUAUCCACUGAGAUUGAUAUCAGUAUCCUUUAUCGAGGUCUUGAUCCACAGAACAGACAUCGCUUGGUUUCAGUGGUUUGCUAUUACGGGCAGCACUAUCACUGUUUUGCUUACAGUCGUGAUCACGAUCACUGGAUAAUGUAUGAUGACAAUACCGUGAAGGUUAUUGGUUGCUGGAAUGAUGUUGCUGCAAUGUGUGAAAGAGGACAUCUACAACCCCAAGUCCUCUUGUUUGAAGCUGUAAACUAGCGAUUCAGUAUGCUAAUUUUGACUCCUUGAAGAGGUGAUUUCAUGGAUCUGGUGAUGCAUUCCAAUGUCUACUAUGAGUCUUUCUAACUUGUUGAUGAGAAGCCUGAACUGUAUUAUAAUGUGAAGUGAUCUAUUAUAUGAUUCGAAAAAAGAUGAAAAAAGGGAUCAUUAGGUUAAACUAGGAAGUUUCAGAAAAACGUUGACAUACCCUUACGGAAAUAAGAACUAGGUUUUGGUGCAAGUUGCAGAUGAGGACACCAUCUCCAUCAAGUAUUUUUCCAAUUUUGAUAUCUUUUCUUCUGGUUUGGGUCACCAUCUGUCAAUUUACAAAACUUGUACAAGAAUCUCCUAUACUUAGAUUCUCUAGUUGUUAUCGAAUACAAGAAAACUGUGUAUAGAUCAGAUCCCCGAUCCCUAGGAUACUUGUCGUGAAUAGAAAUUCUCCCUUGUCCUUUCUCCAGGGAAUUUUUUUGGUGUUGGAACACUAUUAAUAACUCUUCUAUGCUAUGAGGACUAAAGAUCUUAGGCAGAAUUGAACAGUAAAGAUAUAGUGUCGUCCUUUUUUACUCUUUUUAACUCGUAUACUUGCUAUUCAUAUAUGUUCUUGCUUUAAUACA